AUGUCUCCCCGGUCUUGCCUGUCUCCCCCGUCUCUUCCCCAUGUCUCCCCGGUCUUGCCUGACUCCCCCGUCUCUUCCCCAUGUCUCCCCGGCCUUGCCUGUCUCCCCCGCGUCUCUUCCCCAUGUCUCCCCGGUCUUGCCUGUCUCCCCCGUCUCUUCCCCAUGUCUCCCCGGCCUUGCCUGUCUCCCCCGUCUCUUCCCCAUGUCUCCCCGGUCUUGCCUGACUCCCCCGUCUCUUCCCCAUGUCUCCCCGGCCUUGCCUGUCUCCCCCGUCUCUUCCCCAUGUCUCCCCGGCCUUGCCUGUCUCCCCCGUCUCUUCCCCAUGUCUCCCCGGUCUUGCCUGUCUCCCCCGUCUCUUCCCCAUGUCUCCCCGGCCUUGCCUGUCUCCCCCGUCUCUUCCCCAUGUCUCCCCGGUCUUGCCUGUCUCCCCCGUCUCUUCCCCAUGUCUCCCCGGCCUUGCCUGACUCCCCCGUCUCUUCCCCAUGUCUCCCCGGUCUUGCCUGUCUCCCCCGUCUGUUCCCCAUGUCUCCCCGGCCUACUGCCUGCUGA